CUCAGCGGGGGGUCGGAGCGGCUUGCUGGGAGCCAGUGUGGGGCUGGGAGCGGGCGGUGGCGACGAUUUCCCCGGACUCUGGUCACUGACUCGGGGACUCGAGUCCGAGUCUCCGUCCACUAGGAUUUGGAGGCCGCCAGCCGCAACCCGGCUUCGCCCCCGUUGGUCCCCCUCCUCCGCCCGUCCGGGGGUCGCCUAGGCAGCUCUCCGCUAGCGGCCGCGCCCCUCGGCCGCCUCCGCCCCGGGCCGGAGGAGCGGCGCUCCCCUCCCCCUCGGGCGCGGGGCCACCGCCCCCGGAGGGCGGGCUGGGGCUAUUCCGAUGGCCCCCGGCUCCUAGCGGGGGGAGGAGGGGGCUGGGCGCCUCCGGGAUCCAGGCUCUGCGCGGCGGCGGCGGCGGCGGAUGCAGACGGCCGCGGGGGGGCCGUGAAGGGGCGGCCGCCGCCUCCCGCCCCCGCCGUCCCCCCUUCGCUCAGUCCGUCCUCUCCGCGGCCGGCGGGGCCAUGUCCGGGGUAGUGAGGACCCUCAGCCGCUGCCUGCUGCCAGCCGAGGCCAGCGGGCGGGAGCGCCGGGGCGGCGGCGGCAGCGGCGGCGGCAGCCGGGACUCCGAGCGGGAGGCCCGGCGGCGGAGCCGGGAGAUCGACGCGCUGCUGGCCCGGGAGCGGCGGGCGGUGCGGCGCCUGGUGAAGAUCCUGUUGCUGGGGGCCGGCGAGAGCGGCAAGUCCACCUUCCUGAAGCAGAUGCGCAUCAUCCACGGCCGAGAGUUCGACCAGAAGGCGCUGCUCGAGUUCCGGGACACUAUCUUCGAGAACAUCCUCAAGGGCUCAAGGGUUCUAGUUGAUGCUCGAGACAAGCUUGGUAUUCCUUGGCAGUAUUCAGAGAAUGAGAAGCAUGGGAUGUUCUUAAUGGCCUUUGAAAAUAAAGCUGGGAUGCCUGUUGAACCUGCCACUUUCCAACUAUAUGUACCUGCUCUGACUGCUCUUUGGAGGGAUUCUGGCAUCAAGGAAGCCUAUAGCCGCAGGAGUGAAUUUCAAUUGGGUGAAUCUGUGAAGUAUUUCCUGGAUAACUUGGACCGGAUUGGCCAGCUGAAUUAUUUUCCCAGUAAACAAGAUAUUCUGCUGGCCAGAAAAGCCACAAAAGGAAUUGUGGAACAUGACUUCAUUAUUAAAAAAAUACCUUUCAAGAUGGUUGAUGUGGGUGGGCAGAGAUCUCAACGUCAGAAGUGGUUCCAGUGUUUCGAUGGAAUCACCUCAAUCCUAUUCAUGGUCUCCUCCAGUGAAUACGACCAGGUUCUCAUGGAGGACAGGCGCACCAAUCGGCUGGUCGAAUCAAUGAACAUCUUUGAGACCAUCGUAAACAACAAGCUCUUUUUCAAUGUUUCCAUCAUUCUGUUCCUCAAUAAAAUGGACCUCCUAGUGGAGAAGGUGAAGACCGUCAGCAUUAAGAAGCACUUCUCAGACUUUAAGGGUGACCCUCAUAGGCUGGAGGAUGUUCAGUGCUACUUAGUUCAAUGUUUUGACAGAAAAAGGCGGAACCGCAGUAAGCCACUCUUCCACCAUUUCACCACUGCCAUAGACACUGAAAACAUCCGCUUUGUGUUUCAUGCUGUGAAGGACACAAUCCUGCAAGAAAACCUGAAGGAUAUUAUGUUGCAGUGAAGGAGAAAGUCCCCUUGCUUUUGUCAUCCUUAAACGGACUCAAGGGCUAUGGAUCAGAUGCUGUGUGUCUGUGUGUAUGCGCGUGCGUGUAAGCACAUGUGUGUAUGUGUGUAUGUAUUAUCUAUAUGGCCCUUGCAUAUGUUUCUAAGAUCCAUGCCAUUAUUUACCCAGCUCAGGAAUGCUGUAAAACUAGCCAGGCCAAACAGAUGAGCUCUAGGCAGAAGGACUUGGAAACUUUGAUGUUAGCUACUGAAUUAUGGGGGACUAGUAAAACUACUGAAAAACCAAGUGGUCGCUUUGCUAUAAAAGCCUAGUUUGGCAUACUGAGGAACAUAGCCUUCUUUUUGGAGAAACAUUACUUUUUUUACACUUUUAAAGAAAAUAAUCUGAAAGAAGGUUUUGGUUUUUUUCAAGAACAAACUCAGUAGCCAUAUGUAUUGCUUUAUCUCUAGCUUUCAGGUACUCAGUGAACAGCUAACCUGAAAAUUUUGCUCAGAUAAUAGUUGUACUAAAAAAUAAAUUCCAGCUGAUACUGUUAGCUCAAAGCACAUGAACCUAAACUGACACUCUCUACCCAGAUUCUGCACACUGCCUUUGGCUAGGAAUCUAAAUGCCACUUCCCAUGAUAAAUGCAUAGUUGCCCUUUAAGACACACAUGCCAAUUUUCCAAAAGACAUGAACCUAGAUGUUGCGAAUUAAGCCAAGUUGCCAUGCGUAAGAACUCGUAUAUGUGGCCUUGUAAAACAAAGAAUUUUUUUAAAUAAAAAAUCUUGGGCCCUAACUGACAUGGAUGGGACUAGGUUUAAUUUUUGCAUUACAAAUAAUAGUUUUUCUUGCCUCAUAAGCAGUUGAACCACCUGUAAUGCAACAUGUAAUGGAUUUGUGGUGCCAAAGCACGCUUUGACAGGGAAUGUUUAGCUACCUACAUGCACACAGUGUGGGUGUUUUUUUAGCUUCUUUCUACUUUUCUUGGGGUUUUUCCUUCUGACACCUUGGUCGGCAACACUUGGAGAACUUCCUUCUUCUAGAAACAACAGCUCAACCUCCUUCCUAUGGAAGCUCCAAUAGCUGGCAAAACUCAAGCAAAGCUUUUGUUAAUGCAGCAGCUGCUUGAUAAGUUCCUAACAGCUGACCUUACAGGAAGCCCCAAAACUCCCUGGAGAAAUCCCAGUUUCACAGCUGCACUUAUGCCUUUGGACACUAGGGCCUGUUUCAGCCACUCCUUUAAAUCUAACUCUUGUAAAGGAGCCCUGUUCUGUAUUAGUGCAUAUACAUGACAAGUAAACAGUAUCAGAUCCAGCUAUCUAGUUCAAACUGCAGAAUGCUGUAAAUGUACUGUGAACUGGUUAAACUUGUCUAGUUACCUGCUAGGUGCCUUUCACUAUUUUGAGAUAUAUAUAUAUCAAACCUGAUUCACUCACUACUAUGCAUUACGUUACUUAAAAGGUGUAUCUGGUAUAUUCAGUUAGUUUUCCAACAUCAGCAAGUUUACUGUGCUGCUGACACCAGUAUUUAUAUAUAUGGGGCUCUCAUCAUAUAAACUGAGUGAACAGGAUCCUUGAUUUUUGUGUCCCAUUUGAAACACCAUCCUGGUUUAUUCAACAUACCAGAUAAAUUUCUAUUUCACUUUUGGCCAGUUAUCUUGUGGUAGAUAUUGAUCCAAUGGGGGGGGGGGGAAUCCUACUGUGCUUCUAAUUAGCACAAAUUUAUAAUGCUUUUAAUUAGGAGAAAACCUGAAAUUCUCUUCCUUUCUGGUAUUGAAGAGCUUGUAUCAGGAUUUGCUGGGUUGGGUUUUCAUUGUGAUACAAAAAAAAAAAAAAUCUUAUUCUGGUGGCUCCUUUUAAUUCUGUGGGUCUUCAUAGGCUAGGGGUUAGCCUUCUUAAUUUUUUUAAUGCUCCUAAUAUUGUUCCGUAGGAUGGAAUUUAAGAUCACAUUUCCAUUAUUUAAUAAUUGUUAUGAUUACAAAAUGAUUAACUUGCUUGGACCAAUUUUGUAUCUAUCUCAUGAAUUUUGUCAGGUUCCAAAACAAAGAAGAAAUGCAAACUAGUCAAAUAACUUAGGAAUAUUCUGUAACAGUUUUGAUGUUGAAUCUAUGUUGUAGCUGCUUUCAUGAAGGGGUAAAGCAGAGUAUUCCCAACAGCUGAUGGAGUCAUAUGAAAUACCUUUCUGAAAAGAUCUUCCCGCUUGAUUGUUUGUUUAAAGAACUGACAAGAUAUAAAGCAACAUUGCAAAUGAGUAUGAAAUAUUUUUAAACAACCAAAAAAUGUUUACUCACUUACUCUUAAGGAAGUAUAAAAGUAAUAAGAACAUUGUGAAUGAUAUAUUGUUCUAUCAUACUCACCCAAGAGAGUGAAAAAAGGUUAAGUGACUUGGGUUCUAGUAUCGUCUGUUCUACCAACUAGCUGGCCAGCCUUAAGCAAAUCUCUUAGCCACUCUGAGCCUUACUUUCUUCUUUUGUAAAAUGCCUAGAUGGUUUCUAAAUUAUAUGAUUUCAGGAUUACAUACCUUACAAUUCCACAUUUUGGGGGGGGGGGGGUUAGUGGCAAUUUGCAAGGCCGAUUUAAAACAAUUUGCAACAUUUCCGCUCCUUAUAAAUGACUGCAUUCAGAUUUGCAGUGGUUUUUAGCUCUAAAGGAAAGCUUUUGAGCUAUUACCUUUUGUAAAUUUCAUACCUUUAUUUGCAGUGGUUAUUCUUGCUGCUUGUGUUGUGUUUUUCAUUAAUAUGUUGGAGAGGUAGUAGGGUAAACAAAAUACCCUGAUUAUAGUGGUAAAAGAAUAUACACUACUUCUCACAACUAUGCUUGCUUUCUUACACAUGAAGACUUAUAGCUUUGAUGAAAAGAAUAUAGUUUUUAACUCAUCUGUUUAUAAAAGAAAUGAGUUUUUUUAAACCUUGAAUCCUUAGCUUGGUGUUUUAUAAUACUGUUUUGGAAUACUUGGGCAUAAUAGCUUUUAAAACAGCCCCUUGGCACAAAAAAAUGGAUUAUCAAAUUAUAUUAGCUACAAAUUUAAAUGCAAUCUUGAAUUAAUGAUUUUAUUUAUGAUUGAGUAGGGGGAGGAAGUUUCUGAAAAUAUACCCUCUCUAAUUCUUUUGAUAUUGUUAAAUUAUGGCACCUGUUAACAUGUUGAUAGUUGUGAGUGACUUGGCCAUGUCUUACCCCUUUGUGGUAUGUUACUCUUAGCUAAGAAAGACAGAUUGAGAGACUUGGCACAUUCCUUUAAUCAUCUUCAGACUCAGAAUGAAUGUUUGUUUAAAAUUUGAUCCUUAAUUUCUUUUUGUUUUCUUUAUUAUUGAGUUUCGCUCAAUAACCAAAAGUGCUUACAAAACAAUAACGCAAAAAAACACCACCAAUCUGACUCAUAGAGCUAAAAAGCUCAGAGCAGAUACACAUCAUCUUACUUUGGCUUGUUAGGGACUGUACUUAAAUGACAAAUUGUUAGUCUUUCCAUGUACCCAGUAAAACCUUAGAGCCACAGCCUUGGGAAAUGCAGAAUCAUCUCAUAUUCACAGCAAAUGGCAUUUUGAGGAAUGCUACAACAUUCCAAAACCUAUCCCUGAGGAUAAAUACCCAAUGAUCACAGCUUGGUUAAUAACUCCCAGAAAAUACCAGCAGGAAGCAAAGGGGAAUCUUUCUGUGUAAAACCUGUUGCAGCUCCCUGGGGUUGUCUCAGCCCCCAGAAUCAGAAUUUUGGCAUCAUUUGUUUUCCAUGCAUUUUCCUGGCAAAACUACUGUGGACUAUUUCAAUCCUCGUCCUUUUGAAUAAUUGUAAACAAGGUUAUAUAGUACAUUUAUAUAAGACUAUAUAGUACACUUUAGCUUUUAUCCAUAGCAACAGGCAAGGUGACAGUGUAUAUUUCCAUGUACCUACAAUAUAUUGGAUAUGGCAACCACCCCAUCCAAAGACCAAAGAGAUCUUUAACAUGGAUAGAACAACAGUUUGAUUAGACAGGGUAACAUUCAGUAAUAUGUGCUAUUCCAUAAUGACUCUUGGCCAAUAGCUUGCCUCAAGCAAAGUUUCCCAGUGGCACAGGAAAGGGUAGUUCUUAAUUCCAAGUUUUAUUGGUGAUUUGAGUAGGUGAAUAGAGUAAUCAUAAGUAUACUUUUCUUCAAGAAGUUGGAGAAAUCUUUCAGCUCCUUUAGUGAGAAGUCAAUAAAUUACACAGGAUAUGUUUAACCACCCUAUUUUAAAUGAUGCUUGCUUAAAGAGGAAUAUAAAACAUGCUUACAGGGAAGUCAUUUAAAUUGGCCUCCAUUAUCAGUUCUAAUGGAGAUACACAAGAUUGAGGUGGAGAUAGUUUGAUCUAUUCUCGUUAGCAUUAAAUAAUGUGGUUCUCGUGUUUCUUAUGUGAGUGAGAAGCACUUGUCAACUUUAAAAUCAUUAAACUCUUGUUUAAAGGGAAAUACUGAGUUCCAAAGCUUGGGAGGGUUGGAUACCUUUAUAAAGGUAGCUCUGAAGAGGAUAACUUGUACAAAAUGAAUUAAAGACCAGUUUUUGCUAGUUUUUAAAAAUAUAGCCUUAGGCUGCAUUUAUGUAAUGAUGUGUUUUGGGCCUUGAAGGCAAAGCUGUCAAUUGAAAAGAAACUUGGAAAGCUGAUGAUGCUAAAGAUCCAUUGUAUUGUUAAUGUUUUACAUGACAGGGUUUGAAGAAAGUUGAAACUCUAAGUGUGCAUUAUGGGUCAGAAGAAGAAUUUAGAUUUGAAUUUUAACUGUCACAGCAUCUAAGGUGGCACUAGCCAAACAUGAAAACAACAAUAAUAAUCUCACCAUCUGAGGACAGGCUUUAAGGUGGUUAGGGACCAGCUUCUAAUAUUUAUCAUUAUUUUCCUAAUUAAUCUCCCCCUAACUAGCUUCCUAGAAAUUGAAUUACCAUUUUGUGUUUUGUACAUUCUUUUAAAAUACUGAAUCCAAUUUACAAAAUACAAUACAGGCCUGAAGGUGUAAAUGUUCUUUACCUUAAGGCAUAAUUGAAAGCAUGAAUAUAGAUCUAGCCUUGGAAGGUUCAAACCCUACUUCUGCCACGUGCCAGCCGUGUAACCCUGGACAAGUCACUUAACCUCUUACUGCCCCACACAACCCAGACCAUAAAUUGCAGAGCAGUUGCCAAUCUAUGUUGGUAGAGGGAAUUUUCUCACCUGGAGUUCCCUGCACCAGUGAAAUCAUAGCUCUCAUCUCCACCCCACUUCACCUUCCCCCAAAAAGUAUAAUGACUCUGUAAACCUACAAUAUUCUCCAAUCCCCUCUCUCUUGAUUGAAUGUUAUAGGAUACCUCAAAUUCAGAGUGGCUCUUUAGAAUAAAAGCAUGUAUAAACUAGCUCUGUUAAUUAAAACUUGAAACCUGCCCUGGGGGUGGGGGACCAGGAAAGAGUGACUUGGGCCAGAAUACUUGCUGGUUAUGAAGUGCCCAGUACAUGAAAAAUAAUCUCUGUUUUUACAUUGCUUCUGAACCAGGCACUUAGAGCAAUUGAUGUAGCUUCUCUUUUCUAAACAUUUAGAUAUGAAGUUUCCUGGACAAAUAACAUGAUUCCACCAAGCAAUAGGGGGAAGAAAAAGCCAAGAAAUCGCCUGUAACAAACUCAUAUUCUCUAGACCUAUUCCUGGUAUACCAGAACCUCAUUUGGUUUGGUGAUUCAUAGUGCUUCCUUGAAUGAAUGAGAGGGGGACACAGGUUCUCAUAGGCUAGACAGAUUUCUCUUGCCUGGGCAGGGUUUCUUGUUCCCCUUUAUUAUCGCUAAGUACUUUAGAGGGGUGUAGGUUCAGUAGUAGGCUACAUUGUUCCUAGAAAAAUACAGUAGGGGGGCAGCUAGUUGGCACAGUGGAUAGAGCACCAGCCCUGAAUUCAGGAGGACCUAAGUUCAAAUCCAGCCUCAGACACUUGACACUUAUUAGCUGUGUGACCCUGGGCAAGUCACUUAACUCCAAUUGCCCCACCAAAAAAAAAGGAAAAAGGAAAGAAAAAUACAGUAGGACACCAGACUUCAGAUGAUGAGCAAGUUUGACGAUGACCAUAAGAUUUUAUCUUGACUAUUUAAACUUUUCCUUCUCAGAAAGAUUCUAUAGGUGUUGAACAAAACUACCUUGAAAUGUCUGAGAUUCUCAUUUGAAAAGAAAUCCUAUAGUCUUCAUUCAUAAUGAACUCUGCAAGGGUAAUAUGGAAACUUAACCUUGAUUACUCAAAUUUAGUCAAAUUCCAGGCCUUGUCAAACCAGAAAAUCCAGUCACAUCCCUUGAGCAAGCUGGAAAGGGUAUUUGUUCUUUGAAAGAUAGUUUUCUUACCCAUUCGUUGCACUUUUUUUGGUUAACCCAAGUAAGCUGCUCCAAGUUUUUACUUUGGUCUGUCAUUUAAUUAGGAUUUCUAAAUGAAAUCAAAGCAACUCAAUACUUUGGCAGUCGAUUGCUUUAAAAAAUAAUCCUGAGCCCCAUUUGUUAGUAUUGUCAGCAAAGAGGCCAGUGGACCAAAGAACCAAACCAAUCCCUGCAGAAAAGAAGUUGUUGAGUUGGUGAUUUGAAGGGAGGCUUUUCCUUUUCCUGGCCUGGGCCUGUUCUCUGAAAAUAAAGGGCUACUGUUCCCAAUGCUGUUACUGUGGCGCCUUUUUAUUAGCACUGAAUUCACUUUAUUUUAAUAAUUAAAAAGCUGACGUGUUUCACCCAAGUGGACAGAAUCCCAGCAGCUCAGAGUCAAGGUAGAUGUUUUCCUGUGGAAACUCCCAGAGCUAUAUUUUCCUGAGGAUUCUCAGAAAUCCUGUCUGCUCCAAAUGACCCCAGCUUUUGUCUGCCUGGGUCAUUUUAGACAGUGUUUCUCCAGGUAGACUUGGAAGUCACAAGAAAAGUUCAUCUGUGAACACACAACAAGAUGUUCAGUAUGUAUUUGAUGCCAAGUAGUUAAGAGGUAUGGAGCUUUCUGAGUAGACUGUAUAAAUAAUUACUACAAUCUCAGUCUUGGCAGGAGUCCAGGGUUUACUUCUAGUUGACUUUAGAAUAACCCCAGUCAGAAAGGAAGAGGCACAUCUACCUCUGAGAACAGGCAUGCUGGGGAAAGGCCAAACUAUCCAACAGGGAGGAUCCAUUUUCUGACCUGCUCUCCUAAAUGCUGCUCCCUAAAAUCUUAGCCUCCACCCUGAAGCAGAAUUUUGUCUCUUGCUUAGUCUGUACCUUUCACUGAAACCGCCUAGGAGAGUUCAGCAGCUGGAUAGUUGCUACAUAUCAGAAUUGCUAAAAAUGCCAAUAUCUCCAUUGAACUUUUUUUGUCAUAGAACAUCCCGUAAUAAACUGGGCCAUUUCAAAUUCUCCUACACAGCUUUGUGAUGACAAAGAUCGUUACCACGAAGCAAUUUUUAUACUUUUUUUUUAAAAGGAAUAAUGAGCAAAGAAACUUGAUCAUACUAGAGACAGUGACAUUCAGUUUUCAAGAUGAACCAGACUCAAGUCUGAAAAUCAAACCGUAACUAAUACUUAGCCCCAGUUUUAUAUGCAUUUGGCUGCACAUUUGCCAAACCUGCCUUGCAAAUGGAUUGACAGACACAUUCAUCUAUCAUUUCAGUAUGUGUUUGGUAGAUUGUCACAGGUUACAUAAUAAAUCAUCAACACCAAUCCUGUAGAAUCCCUGAGCUUACAGGAUAAAUGUGCAUUGCCCUAGCAUAUAUGCCCAGUUUUCAUUUUGCCUGGUAAAUUACAGCGGUUGCUAACAAGUCUUUGCUGGGUAAAUGAAAACUCCUAACUUGCUCUCUGUUGGAUCUGUUGAACAUUAGAAUUGUUAAUAAUGACACUUUGAACUAUUAUGUGAAUUCUUUACACACUUGCAUAAUGUGCUUUUUCUCUUAACACCAUUCAAACCAAAUAAAAUUGACUGGCAUGCUGUUCAGUGUUGACACACAACUCUCGCCAGGAAAUUCAGUGUUAAUAUGCUCCAUCUUCUAUUCAUUGCCACCCUGUCCUUAACUCACCCUAUCAAUCAGUGCUUUGGUUUUGUAGCAUUUCCUAUGCAACCGCGCACACUGCUCUGAGCACUGCACAAUAUUCUUGCAAAAGGGGUGAGUUAAAAGAUGACAGUUUAGCCUUAACACUUAAGUAUUCACAAGGGGAAAACAUUUUUUUUUAAAUAAGGGUUUUACAUACUAAACGAGAAUACCAAGAGAUGCAUAACGUGAACGCACCAUAGCUGACUUCUUAUUUUUGAAGUGUCUAUGUAGCACCAAAACAGCAUCCACGAUAGGUGGCCAACUUUGCUGUGAUAAAGUCUCAGUUUAUGAAUAAAUACUGUGUACUAGAUUAAAAUAUAUAUUGUGAAGUGUAAAAAGUGUAUUUUAUAGCUAUGGUGGAUUAGUUAAUGUGUUUUGUAUAUAUGAUUUUUAUAAAUCUAUUAAAA